AUAACUCAUGUUACAUAUGUUUGUUGUUAUUUACAAACAAAUAAUGACACAGGGACCUGAUUUACAUUUUCAAAUUCCACUAUCUAACUUCAAAUGAAACAAAUCUUUGCAAGAAAGGUGUUAAAUAGUGGACAUAUGCUGUUGUUGAGUAUGGAAAGUCAUGAUGGAAACCUGAGAAGUGACAGUUCAUCAGAGAAAAGAUCAAUUCUACCUCCUGCAGAAGAAAGCCAUGAUGUCUGUCCAAGGCAAUGGGCUUUGUCAAGGUUUCCAAAGAGAUAUAUUGUGGCAAUAAUGGCAUUCCUUGGCUUUUGCAACAUAUAUUCCCUAAGAGCUAAUCUGAGUGUUGCAAUUGUUGCCAUGGUUGCCAAGAAGGGGGAGAAUGUGACAUCAGCAUAUCAGGGUGAUUUUCCAACAUUUGAUUGGAGCACUAAACAGGAAGGCCUGGUUUUAUCAUCUUUCUUCUAUGGUUAUAUAUUUACACAGCUUCCUGGAGGUUACUUAGCGAAUCGUAUUGGUGGAAAAUACUUAUUUGGUGGUGGAAUCUUUAUGACAGCACUUUUAACUGUUUUGACACCACUGUUUGCUAAAGGAGGAGUAGGCCUUAUUGUUGCCAUUCGAGUAUUAGAAGGUUUAUGUGAGGGCGUUACAUAUCCAUCUAUCCUUGCUGUGUGGGCCAAAUGGGCUCCACCAUUAGAAAGAACAAAGCUUGCAACUAUAGCUUUUUCUGGUUCAUACAUAGGUACAGUGAUCUCCAUGUUAUUGUCUGGAUAUAUGCUGGAGUCAGGUCUUGGAUGGCCGUCAAUAUUUUAUCUGUUUGGUGGUAUAGCAUUAUUGUGGUGUGUCUGCUGGGGAUAUUUUAUAGCGGAGUCUCCAUCCAGUCAUCCCACUAUCACCUCUGUAGAAGUGGAGUAUAUACAGGCUAAUAUUGGGUACACAGAGGAACAGACCAAGGAUAUCUUACCACCAUGGACUGAUAUUUUCAAAUCUCCAGCUGUAUGGGCAAUUGUAGCAGCACAUUUUGCAGAGAACUGGGGCUUCUACACUUGGUUGACAGAACUUCCAUCAUUUAUGAGGCAUGGUUUGAACUUCAGAAUAGAUAAGGCAGGAUUUGUGGCAGCCUUUCCAUAUCUAGUGAUGGGAGUAGUAGUUAUGUCAUCUGGUUUCCUUGCCGACUAUCUGAGAGGAAGAGCAGUAGUGUCUACAACAGCUAUCCGUAAACUAUUUACUUGUGGGGCCUUUUUUUGUCAGUUAAUAUUCAUGGUUGCAGCAGGCUACAUUAUGACCCCAGUUGCUGCCUGUGUUUGCCUGACGUUAGCAGUAGGAUUGGGUGGGUUUGCCUGGGGAGGAUUCAGUGUUAAUCACCUGGAUAUAGCACCACAGUAUGCAAGUGUCACCAUGGGAAUAUCUAAUACAUUUGCAACAAUUCCUGGGAUAGUAAGUCCUUUACUAACUGGUGCUAUAGUAACACAAAAGACAGAUGUGGGACAAUGGCAGAUAGUUUUUUACAUUGCUGCUGCAAUAUAUUUACUUGGUGCUGUAUUUUAUGGAAUAUUUGCCUCAGGAAAUAGACAAAAAUGGGCAGAAGUUCCUACAGGCUACCUGUCACAAAUUGAUGUUGAUAUUGAUAAAGAUCUGUGAUAUCUCAACAGGGAACCAGGAGUAUGUAGAUAGAUAUGGAUCUUGGAAAUCCCAACAGGGAACUAGUAAGAUGUCUUAGAAAUGUUAAAGAUAUCAGACAACAAUCGAAGCAGUUCCAUAUUGACAUUUUUGUUUGAUGUUGUGGGUCACUUGUAUUUGUGUUCAAAAGGUUGGCAUUAGACUUUAUAAUAACUGAAAAAAAUAUAAUAUAAAAUUGUAAUGGUAGAGUUAUCAUGGUUAUCUGACAUAUUUUAAAUCUUUCAGUAUAUAUUUCACUAUUAUCUAAAUAAUGCGAUGGAUAAGGGGCAUACUAGCAUUAGAUUUUUAACAACUGAAAAAAGAUAAUCUAAUAAAUUUUAAGAGGGGCAUAAAGGGGGGCUCUCUGCAGAGACAAACUCAAAAAUAAAACUGGCAUUUCAUGAUGAGCGAACAAUUCAAAAUUUCUUGCACAUUGAUCUUUUUACUGAUUUCACGAAACAAGAUGAAUAGUGAACCUUUUUCACGACUGCACGUGAAAUAUAAAUGGCAAAACUUGAUCCAAGAAAAUAACCAAUUACCACCCUCUUUUAACACAUGUUUAAUAGAAAGUGUUAUCUUACAUAUAUAGUAAUUCAUCAGUAUGAUAUGACUGAUUAUCCAAAUAAUGCAAUGGAUAAGGGGCAUCUAGGGGGAAGCUAAAAUGUUUUGAGGGUUGAAUAUGAAUAUUUUGGCUGUAGAUGACAUUGUUUACAGGUUGAAUUAAGGUAAAAAUAUAUCAAUCAGAAAUGGAUUCUUCCUUAUUACAGUUAACCGUGUGCAGAUGUAUUUAAUUCAACCAGUGUAAAUAACUCUCUGAUUAUAGGUCGCUUUUUAUUACUUAUAAUUUUCUUGUCAACUGUUGAACUCAAACGAGUCAAUAAUGGAACCAAGAAAGGGUAUCCUUCAUGUAGGAACCAGAACAGAUUUACCCCCUUUAAUAGUAAAACCUAGUGAUCUCACCAUUUGAAGUAAAACAUCAGUAUUAUCUUAACAAAUUCAAGUAACAAGGAAUCAUCUUUGUAGCAAUGAGAACCUAUUCCCAUGCAUCUGAUAAGAGAAUAAAUAACUUUCAUAACUUUUGUAAAUACACUAGGAGCAGUGUUGAAGUCAAAAACUAAACUAGUGAAUUCAUAAAGUUGACCUUCAACAAAAAUGCAAAUUAUUGUCUAUCACUA